AUGGCUCACGAUGGCGUUCCAACGACUGCAGACAUCCUGCCUACUUCUUUGGCAUCGUCCCCGUCAGCCGCAGGAACAUCGUCUGAACAUGACGAUAGGCCGCUCAGGCCAACAGGCAACACGUCGGGUGAUUCCACAAGUAGCACGACACUUGAUGGCCAGCGAGCCUCUCAGCAGACCGAAGCAACAGGAAUCACGACUGCUGCGAGGUCAUCUGCAAGCAUGCCUGCCAAUGACAUAGCUGAUCAGCGCAAAGCCAAGCCGCCCGUUGCUGCUUCCGCCUCGAUUGAUCCCUAUCGCGAAGUCUUUGGGACGCCGCCGGUAGGCCAGAUUGGCAAGCACAAGCCAAGAGAGAUUGUACGAAUAGAACGCGACUACACUGCUGGCGAGCUACCUCAGUUCUGGAGUGGCUUCCCCAUCGAGCUAGAGGGCCGCGUCACGCCGACCGCACAUUUGCAAGUGAUGAACAAACUCAAUGCGCGCCUAGCGUCGGCAUACGAUCCCUAUAAAUCUAUCUUCGACAAUGUGCUUGCGGUUAUGACGCUCUACAUAUCAACCAUUCUCACGCAAGGUCACUAUGGCAGAGAGAUGGCCCAGUUUGACAAAGAGAUCGAAGAAGUCAACCGAACAGUCUACAAUCCCGCGAGUCUCAACCUCAUAGAUCCUCGUAGCGUUGGCUACCUAUUCCUCGAAAUCGAAUACUACUGA